AUGAGGCCGCCAAACGUCAGCGGCGAAUGGACCGAAAUCGAGUGCGAUUGGUUCGAGACAAUCCAAGAGUAUCAGAACGGCCUCUACAAAAUCAAUUUCGACGGCUCGCCCAUCGUUCCCUUGUACGGACUCGUGUGCACGUUCGGCGCCGUCGCCAACUUCAUUGUUCUAUUCGCGUUCGUGCGAACGUCGAAUUUGCGAAAUCUGCGGAAUAGCUUCAUCGUCAAUCUCGCCUUCUCCGACCUUCUGCUCUGCGUCGUCACCGCUCCCGUCACCCUCUACACCAGCUUGAACCUCUUCUGGCCGUUUGGAUACUGGUCGUGCAAGCUGGUGUCUGGGGUCCAAGCCGUCAACACCUUCGUCUCAUCCCUGACGCUAGCGUUUAUUGCAAUGGAUCGCGUCCUGUUGACGUUAUGCCCCGUCAAAUGGCGUCUCGCCGCCACCGCGCCGAUCCUCUGCUACAUUUUCGUGUGGAUCAUCUCAAUCUGCGUCGCGCUUCCCUACUCGCUUGCGGUCAGCUCAAAAAUGGCGCCGUUCGAUCCGUGGAACGAUCGAGCCACACCGAAAAUGGUGGCGUAUUGCCACAAAAAGAUUCCGGAGAUUUGCGCCGAAAUGCAUGAAGCGUGGGACAACGCGAUCGUCUCGAAGACGACGUACACGUUCGUCGUGCUCGCCAUCCAAUACAUAUUGCCGUUGGUGGCGCUCGCCUACGCCUACUUCCAAAUCGGCUCGACAAUUCAGAGGCGCUCGAAAGCGUCGACGUCGCGCACUGUGGAUACCGCGAGACGGAUGCACUUGCAGAAUCGCAACAGACGCGCUCUACUCCUGUUGUUCCUUCUCGUGCUGACCUACGCCGUUUGCUGGGCGCCAAUGAACAUCUACCAUGUGCUGAAUGGCCUUGAUAUCAUCAAUUACUCGCAGACAAUGUACAUCUUCUGCCAUCUCGUCGGAAUCUCAUCGGCGUGCGUCAAUCCGAUCGUCUACGCCCUUGUGAACGAAUCAUUCCGGAACGCCCUUCAUUCAAUGGUCAUCUCGUUCCGGCCAUGCUAUGUCACCACGGCGAGCACGGCCCCAACAAAUAUGUACGCGUAUUCAGGCACAACCAAAGCGGACCAUGUCACUCUAAUGCGCGACCAAUUCUCAACGCGAGAACGCUCUGAAAAUGUCUAG